UUGUGUUGCCUGUCAAGUGAUGUUUUAUUUUCCCAACCCAUAUUAGUACUGGCAGCCAUAUAAUCUGCGUUUAGCUAGCAGGCUGUUAAUCGUUAUGCAUUUGUUUUGCCUUUAACUAUAAUUUAAACUAGCUAUUUUACUACGUGGUUUGCAUCAGCGACAGCGAGAGGAAGUGGAUUGGCUGCAUUUCAAUGGAGACGCUGUCAAAAACACUCGGUGCUGAUGCUACGCGGGAGAAGGAGCUCUGUCCACCUCCAGCACCCAGAGGAGUAGUAUCUGACAUCAUGUCACUCCCAUCCUACAGAGAGUAUCCUGCCCACCGUCCCUUCAUCAGCACACUUGUGCAUCACACACCCCAUACACGCACAUAUCUUUCAUGUCGACCACCAUCACCCAGCAAGGCAUUCCCAGAGACCAACUGUACAGAGAUCCUAUCUGGCCUGAGGAAUCUCCAGGAGAAGAUCAGGAGGUUGGAGUUGGAGAAAGGAGAUGCAAAGCUCAGUCUGCACACUAUGGGGAAAGAGGCAUCGUCCACACGUCUGCAGAGUGAUAAAGUCACACAGCAACUCUUGAAGGAUCACACAGACACAAAUAGAGAGAGAAAUGGCAAGUCCAACUGCAAUCAAGCGUUGAUCGCUCACCUGGCUGCAGCAGAGUCUCGCUGUGUGAAGCUGGAGCAACAGCUGGAUCACAUGAAGAAGAUGCUGCGCAGCGCCAAGGCUGACGGGACCAGCCUGCUCAAACAGCAGGUUCCCGUCGAGAUAGCCAAGUCAGCUGAUCCACAUUGUGGCACAGAGUCCGAGCAUGCCCAGUUAGAGAAGCUGGAGCGACUGGAGCAGGAGUAUUUCAGGCUGACACGCACCCAAAACAAUGCUUCGCGGAAAAUUCGGAGGCUGGAAAUGAAACUCCUGGAGGAGGAGCACCAGAGGAAGCUGGUCCAGGACAAGGCCAAUCAGCUACAGACAGGUUUGGAGACCAACAGGAUACUGCUGCAGUCGGUGUCACCUCGCCUGUCUUCCAGUCAGUCAAAAGGGAAAAAGUCACAUUCAAAGAAAUCUUCACCACAGCAGUCGUCUUUCACAGAGCCACACUAUAGACUGAGCCUCAGGGAUGUUCCUUUUGUUGCUGGAACGUCGGCCGGCUGCAGCCACUCGGUCCGAGCUAACGUCCAGUCCGUUUUGUCUCUCCUGAAGCGGCACCAGCCUCAGCUCUGCAACAGCCGUGUCCUCUCCAACAGCCGUGUGACGGGGAGUGGGAGGCAUUCAGACAGCUCCUCCUCUUCCUCCUCUGGCAGUGGUGAAGAGCUGUCAGAGCUUCUUCAAGCACUGCACGAGGAGCUGCGACUUAUGAGCGUGUGA